ACGGAGACUGAUUUCCCCUUUGCUGACUCCGUCAGCUGAGUUCAAAACCAGGGUCAAAGCUCUGCUCACAGCACAAAUCACUCCUUGUGAAGUCUGGCUGGGUUUUGGUGGGCAGCUGCCAGGCUUUUAGUCUUCUAGAGGCUGUCCUGGCCACAAUGGAGCUUUGUGUGUGACCAACGGGUGCUGGCGUGAGCCCAGCUAGCCUGGCUGAGCGGUGAGUUGCUCCUGGCACUCUCCUGGCCUUCAAGCCCCAGGUCUUGGAGGGUACUGUGCAAUGGAAGUUCACCUUCCCCAUGGGAAAAAAACAAAACAAAACCAGCCUCUGCUUUUCCUGCACUGUGCUCGGUUUGUAGUUAUCAGCGACUUUCUCAGAAUUAACCAAUCAGUUGUGCAGUCUUGGAAAGCCUACCCCUCAGCAUCUAGUGCUUGGGGAAUUCUACUUCCAGAUCCCAGAGGGGACAGAGCAGAACUCCAGUCCUCCCAGCACCACCACGGUCUCAGACAUCGGGGCUGUCCGCGGCACACCUGUGGUUGGAUUGCAAACCCUGCCGCCAGAGGACAAGGUGACGAGCAGGUUGAACAAAUUACUGACGGUGAAGACGGCUAAGUCGGACUCCGCGUGGAGCAGCCAGCUGGGGCGCCAGGUCUGAAGCGGGCAGUUCAAGCCGCGGAGAAGCUCUCCAGAGCCCCGGCUGGCCAUGUGGUGAGGUCAAGGUCCCAAUCAGCUAGUAUGGCAGCCAUCUGAGAGCUCCUUCUAUCUGUUCUGAACAAAUCUGAAGCAGCCCCAAGCCUGGAGAGAUGGUGUCACAGUCUACCAGCCGGCGGGAUUCUCCCGUGGACCCCUGGGCAGGGAUCGGCGAUGACUCUAGCAACAUUCUCGGUUUGCCCAGCCUCCUGGAGCCUGACCAGCCCCCUCGCCAACUAGACAUCAGGCUCACAAGGCACAAAGCUGCCUGGAUUAACCCUCAGUGUAUGCAGCAAGAACUGCAGGAUUUGGCCCCCAGAGUGCCAGCGGUGGGGACCAUCAGGAACCACUUUGUGGCGGAUACCGCCUCUCCCUUGAGCCCUUCACCCCUGGCCAUUGGGGACUCCCUGGCAGAGACAGCAUUGUCUGAGGAUACUGCAGACCCCGCUGGCAUUGCCUCUGCCCAGGGCUUAAGUGAAAAGAGUGACUUGUCUUCAACCUCAACUGAAGAAUGGCUGGUGCUCCCAGGGCUCUCUCACCUGGCAUCUCUGCUCAAAAGCUCGAAGAUUUUGGCCACGUCCCCAUAUCCUGAGGUUGACAGUGCUCUUUUUGACCCUUCCCAUCUGACGGCUUCUGCUGACGAAGGUGCUGUUCAAGUCAGUGGAAAAACCAUUUCUUUGAAUUCCUUCUCACUGGAGGCAUUAGAGCUGCCUGUCGAUGUAGAAAAGGAAAAUGCCCACUUUUAUGUUGCAGAUAUGAUUAUAUCAGCAAUGGAAAAAAUCAAAUGUAACAUCCUGAGCGAACAGCACACAGAGAACUGGAGUAAAGAAGAAGCUAGUGGGUCACGUGGAAUUGAUCAAGCUGACUCUGAAGUGACCUUUGAUACAAGCAUAAAGCAAGAAUCUGGGUCAGCCACUUCUUCAGACAGUGACUGUGAAGGUUGUGCUGUGUUACAGGUCAGCCCAGUGGCCGAAACACCUGCUUGCGAUGAUGCUGUGAAAGAGACCUGCAAAUGUGACUUUGAUGAAUUUGUUAUUUUAGAACUUGGAGAGUUUAACGAUAUCACAGAAACCUGUAGGUGUUCCUGCAGCUCCUCUAAGAGUGUCACUUAUGAGCCAGACUUCAAUUCUGCUGAGCUGUUAGCCAGAGAGUUGUACCGAGCAUUCCGCAAAUGCUGGAUGCUGUCGGGAGUUAAUUACCAGCUGGCGGGGGCCCUGAACGCAGCCAGCUCAAUAGUUGUCAAUGAAGAGCGUGUCCGAGAAGACUUUGAAUCCAGUAUGAGCGUAGUACAGGAGAUUAAAUUUAAGUCCAGGAUCAGAGGGACUGAAGACUGGGCCCCCCCAAGAUUUCAAAUCAUAUUUAAUAUGCAUCCACCACUGAAGAGGGACCUCGUGGUGGUGGCCCAGAAUUUUUUCUGUGCAGGCUGUGGAACUCCAAUAGAGCCUAAGUUUGUGAAGCGGCUGCGGUACUGCGAAUACCUGGGGAAAUAUUUCUGCCACUGCUGCCACUCCUACGCGGAGUCCUGCAUCCCUGCCCGGAUCCUGAUGAUGUGGGACUUCAGGAAGUACCACGUGAGCAAUUUCUCCAAACGGCUGCUCGACAGCAUCUGGCACCAGCCCAUUUUCCACUUGCCGAGCGUCAGCCGAAGCCUCUACGGCAAAGCCAAGGAGCUGGACAGGGUGAAGGAAAUCCAGGAGCAGCUUUUCCAUGUCAAGAAGCUGUUGAAGACCUGCAGGUUUGCUGACAGUGCAUUAAAGGAGUUUGAGCAGGUGCCGAGACACUUGACUGACGAGCUCCACCUGUUCUCCCUGGAGGACCUGGUCAGGAUCAAGAAGGGGCUGCUGGCACCCACCCUCAAGAACAUUCUGAAAGCUUCUCUUGGGCAUGUGGCUGGCUGUGAGCUGUGUCAAGGAAAGGGCUUUAUUUGUGAAUUUUGCCGGAAUACGACUGUCAUCUUCCCAUUUCAGACGACAACAUGUAGAAGAUGUUCAGCGUGCAGAGCUUGCUUCCACAAGCGCUGCUUCCAGUCCUCUCGGUGCCCCCGGUGCGUGAGGAUCUCAGCCAGGAGAAGCCUUUUGGAAAGUUUGCCCUCUGCAGCGACGUGAUGCCCCUGAGCACUGGGAGAAAGACUGUUCGACUUGCCUUAUGAUAACACAAUUUGUGUCUGCUAUUGGUAACCUUGUUUUAGGUAUCAGGCAUUGUAUAUUAAGAAAAAAAAGAUGGGAAAUAUUCUCUUCAUUGUAUAUACUUAAUGUUUUAAAAGAAUGCAGAUUCUUUGUUAUUAAGCAUAGGGUUGUUUCUAGUGGUUUUGUUUACAAACAUUUGAUACUUUUGCUGCUACUGGGGGUUUUUUUUAAAGAAUUUUUUUUGAUACUUCUUAAACUCUAUUUGUUAGUUACAGUUAGCUAAUACCAGAGCCAGUUUUUUUUUUGUGUGUGUGUGUGUGACUUGUAACUGACAAGAUGAAUUACUCAGUUACUGUUUUUCUAAAGCUUGUUUGAUAAAACUGAUUGGUAGAGUCAAUGAACAAAAAUGCAACCCCAGAUCUCUUUGCUCAGGCUUUUAUUCCUUCUAGAAACAGACUUCCACUUAAAUGCCAUUUUGUAGUGGUGUCGAUAUUACACAUUUUAUAUAUUCCAGGGUUUGAAUAGAGAGUACACAUUUCCUCUGCAGUUACAUUUAUGUUGAAUUGCUUAACAGUGGGUGUAGGUCUGGUCGAGGUAAAAUUUGAAGAUGUUGCCUCUAGAAGGUGCUCUUUUAGAUUGCACAGAUCGAACCUGUGUGUGUCAUCUCUGUUCCACACACUGCUAAGUCAAGGGAGGCAGAGGUGAGUAGAACUUCAUCUUUGCCCAUUAGAUUCUUGCCUUAUAGCUAGAAGAGUGAACAUAAAGUAUCUGCAGACUUCAAUAAUCUAGGGAAAAUACUUUUUUUUUUUUAAGAGAUGGCAUCUCAGUAUAUCACCCAGGCUGGUCUGGAACUCCUAGUCUCAGUCAAUCCUCCUGGCUUAGCCUCCUGAGUAGCUAGGAACCACAGGCACACACCACUGUGCCAGGCUGGAAACACUCUUAAUGAUCAACGGGAUUCUAGUAUUAAUAAUAAUAUUAAAGUCAGAGACAUGAAUUAAUAAGGUUAGGUAAAUCACAAAACUUUCAUGAAUUUCUUUUUCCUAAUAGUUCCUAUAUUUAUAUGCAUUCCAGGAGCAUGGGAGCCUAUUUUUUCUUCUUCUAUUAUACUUUCUACAUACUUUCUCCUGGGGGCUGAGAAAGUGACCCUGGGGCUGAGUCCCUUCCUAGAACGUCUUCAGACUGAGUGGUUCUCAAUCUAGGGCUUGGGUGUCACAGUCCCUGGGAGUCAUAUGCCCUAAUUUGAACAAAUUUCUUAAACAGCACAGGCAGGCAAUAAGGUGUCAUAACUCCAUCCAGCUCUGUGUGUGUGUGUGUGUGUGUGUGUGUGUGUGUGUAUGUAUGUGUGCUUUAUUCAAUGGAAUAAUACUGAGCACGUGAAAGAAAUGAAUGUCUUCUAUCAA